CCCUGCAGGUGGCGCGCCACGUCCCUGCAGGCAGUGUGCCACGCACCCAGGACGCAUGCCAUGACAAGGCGGCAUGUCAUACCCCUGGGACGCGCACCAGCCAUGCCCCUCACCUGCUCUCCCCACACCCACCGGAGCUUGAAGCUCCACCACUACAGCUGAGGAGCCUCAGCAGCUACCCACCCCCUGAGACUUGCCUCCUUCUCCUCCACUUCCCCGUGUGACUCUGAAGCCCCCAGAGGAGUGCACCAUUCACCAUCACCUAGGAAGGGUGGAGCUGCCACUUCCUGUUCUCUCUGUCCUCUUGGUUUUUCUCUCCCCUCUCCUUCACCAUGUUGGUGCUUCUCCAGGCUGCCUCCAGUUGCCUCAGGUGGGAUAGGGGGCACAAUUUUCUAUUUUGCCUCAACCAGCAAAAUGUAUUGGCCGGACCGGAUCUCUCAUAACCUCCAGACUAGACAAACACUGAAAAAUCCUAGAAUUCUCAUUUUAACCGUGUGUCUUAGAAACUUGGGUCCUAUAAAACAAGGAAUAAAGACAUUUUAACUUGAAGUUAGUGUAUUCCCUAAGCCUUGUAACUGAAUUCACUUUCUUACUGUGAAAAAUGUAGUGAUUUUAGUCAAACCUAGUAACAUAAAUCCAUAUCACUUUAUAAAUUUGGGGUGGACGCUUCCAGAUCUCACCUGGGAGCUUCCAAUUCUUCUCCUAGCCUCACACCCUGGAAGGUUUUUCUCUUUCCUGCCUCUCAUGCAGGGUCCUUCACCAGACAUCCAUCACCUAUCCUCAUCAGCCCAGCGUAGAGGACUGGUAGUUCUUUGUUUUUUGCUAUGUUCAGUUACAAGUCAAAAGUGGACACUGGUGAGAGUUUUGUUUAAAACUUUCCCGUCAACCAGUUUUCCAUACAAAAAGCUUGUAUGUUUGGUGGUCAGGUGUGCAAAAUUGUGCCUUUGGCUCAGAGCGCCUAGGAGCCCAGCUGCCCAUCCUGAGCACUCCCUGCACUGCUUGUCUGCUUGCUCUGGGUGGCUCACAGGCUCCUUUGGCAAGAGCACAAGGAAUUAGGGGGUUGGUGCUGGCACAGCUCCUUGCCAAGGGGAGCAGCGAGCCCACGUGCUCCUCUGCUGGUGAUGGUACAGUUUGGAGAGUAUAGCUCAAGGAUUUGCACACUUUUAAAAAAAUAGGAGGCUUUGUUUUGAAAACAAAAUUAGUAUUAGAAUACAAAGUAUUACUAUAGAGACUGCAGGUGGGGUUGAUAAAAAAUUACAGAAUGGUAAGAAUAGAAAAUUUGUAAUGCUGUGGGCAUGGAUAAGCAUUACUCUCCUUGGACAAGAAAAGUUGGAAGAAAUCUGCAGUAAUUUAUAUUUCAUUAUAUUUUAGGUUCUGAUACAGAACCUCAAGAUGGUCUGAUACAGACCAUCAAGAGUGUUUUAUUUCCCCUUCUUAACUCUCAACAUACAUUUAAAUUUUCACCACCAGUGUGCUGCUAUUCUGUGUUUACUAGGCCACAUGACAUUGCAUUUUCUUCGUAAUUUGUGAACGGAAAAUUUGCAGUAUCCUUGGAGCACUAAAUGGAGUUGCAGUUCUUGUUAAAAAUGUAUAAUCAGCACAAUGCUGGCCAAUCUGACUACAGAUAAGGAGCAUUGCUUUAUCAGCACAAAGAUCCAGAUUUUUAUCAGGUGAAGCUUGGCUGAGAUACUUAUAUUUCAGUACUGUUUAUAAAGCCCUUUAUAGCAGAUGGCAUACUGUAAUCUGUAAUUACAAUCAUCAGCAUAAUACAUCUCUCAGCUUUCUGCAUCUGAAAUUGGGGGAUAAGGUUAGAAUUACAAAGAGGAUUACUCACGUUCUGUCAAAGUGAUAUUCAAGUCUUAUGACAUGGGAAAUAAAAAAUUGAAUACAAUUCAACAUAUUCCAUUGGAUAACAUGGAAUAUCUUAUAAAACACAAUAAAUGAAUCAGCAUGGUAAAGUAAUGUCCAGAGCUAAAAUAGCAAGUUAUGACACAGUGGAUUUUUUUUAAGACAACUGAUACAAAUAGAAAAUAAUCCUUACAAAACAACAUUUUAUUUUAUUUUAUUAUUGUAAGUUAGGAGUUCUUCGGAAUCUGAUGGUUGUUUUCCUGGAGCCAGUAGUAGUAAUUCCCUGUGAUCUCUGAGGUAAACAAAUAAUCUAUUACAGUACCCUGUAUAGUGUAUUUUGUUGUGAUGUUUUACCAACUAAACCUGAAAAAACUGGAAACAGUUGGAUGACUUUACUGAAACAGAUUGUAGCCACAUUUUGGAAGCUUUCCCCAUAUUUUAAACAGUGAUUAAAAACUUUAAUAUGUUUCUGCCGUUUCCUUACGCUUCUCUUGAAAUGUGAUGGUUGUGUCUGAAGAUAAAAGUUUUGAUGGACACUGUUGAAUUAAGGCAAUUAGUACAAUCUAGAACUAGAGAUUUAGAGGACUGCGCAACAGUUGAAUGCUGACUCAGAAGACUGAGAUCCUAAGAUUUCUCCACCCCAAAUAUUUGGUCAGGGAACACUGGACUUGAUAAAUUUAAUCAUUGGCUACAUAUCACCUUACCUGCCAAAAAAAUGCCCUCCUGCUGUUUAGAUAGGGCAGACUUAUGCAGUGAACAUGGAUUUAACUAAAAUGGGAACAUUCAGAAAUUGGGUUACGUUUCAGUUUCUCAAUGCUCUGCUGCUGGAUUCAUUCACCAUAUUUCAAUAAAGACAAUAGAGGUAGCAUGAAAUUGCUGGCAUAGAAUUUAUUAGCAAAUUCCAUUCCCUCUAUAGGUGUUAAAUUUGCAGAGCAGGAAACAUAGGAUUAUGUUUGAUUGCUGAUUUGUGCGAGGUCAACUGUUUGCAUAGAAAUCUGACAGUACUACAGCUUACCUUGUACAUUUCAUGGCCUUUUGGCCUUGCUGUUGACAGACUUGGUUUUUUUUGGUGACAGAAUGGACUGUCCUGGGGUUCAACAGCAUAGCAGGUGGCAGGAACAGCUGGGGCGACCUUCCCCCAAAGCCUCUUUUGCAAGAGCUGCAAGAGCAAUCAGAAUCACCUUAUAUCUGCAUACAUGGAAGGAGAAUCCCUGCCCUUGGACUUCAAUAGUUGCACUGCCUGGUUGUGAACUCAGUAGUGUUCGUUAAACUGGGGCUUGCCAUAAGCAGGUUAACUCAAGCAAGGGUAGAGUCCCUUCAAGGGCAGGGUGAAGUAAAUGAAUUGUUACUAACUCGUAUCCAUUCUUGGUGUUGGUAACUUCUAGCUUUUGUAGAAGGGUCUCGGGGUGGAAGACAAGCUUCCUUCCUGGAAGUUUGCAUGGGAUGGUGUGUGCUCAGGGUGUAUUAUUCUUGGGACCAUUUCUUUGAAUGCUACUAACAUUUUAUAUGAAUAAAAUAUUUAAAAAUAUUUUAAAAUUAUCUAGCAGGAAAAUAAUGUAAACUUUCUAGUGGAAUGCAUCUAUGUCAACAGCGAAAUGAACAUUGUUGGCAGACUGAAUGCCAACAAUGCAAAGGGUGUACAGCCAUACCUCGGGUUGCGAACGUGAUCCGUGCGGGAGGGACGUUCGCAACCCGCAGCGUUCGCAACCUGCAGCGUCCUGUCUGCGUACGCAUGUGACACAAUUUGGCGAUUCUGCGCAUGCGCGUGACAUAAUUUUGUGCUUCUGCACAUGCCCGAGCGCCAAAAUCAGGAAGUAACCCGUUCCGGUACUUCUGGGUUCGGCGUGGUCCACAACCCGAAAAUGCGCAACCCGCAGCGUUCACAACCCGGGGUAUGACUGUAGUUGACUACAGCAGGAAGAGAGGAAGCAGAAGUCCACUUGCAUGAUGAUGGAUGUUGGCUUCCAAACCAGUCUGAUGCCCUCUAGAUGUUUAGGGUGAAGACUCGUUGAUCAUUGUUCAUGCUGGAUCAUUGUUCAGCUCAACUAGCCAUCCCAACAAUUGUAACUCCAGUUAGAUGCUUUCUGACCGAAACUGUGGUAAGUGUGUAUAUAUGAAAUAAUUUAUGGCCAAGUACUGUACAUUGAUUUCAGUUGGUCUACUCUGAGCGUAACUUAGUCAGAUGCCACCACCUUUGUGUCUGAAUGUGUAUAUGUCUGUAGCAUGAAUAUAAUAAAAAAUGUGCAAUUACAUGGAACAAGGAACUUUUUGCAAAUUUGUUGCUUAUAUAUUGUUGCUUAAUGCAAUAGUUUCAUUUUGAUUUUUUUAUGGUUUCCUGUUAGCAAUAUUUACCAAUGAAAUUCACUUGCAGGAAGGAAAUUGCUAUAAAUUGGCCCUCACUGGCUAAUACAAGCAUUCAUCAUUUGUUGACAAACUUUAGAAGUAUGAGCAAAGUUCAUUCUUUCUACUUUCUGACUUUUCAUGCACUUUAAAAAGAUGAUUAAAGCCAGCAUGCCUGAAUCUAACCUCAGUACAGAUAGUCUAAACUUUAAGUAAGGUAAAAAAAAACCCUUUGUGUGUGUGUUGGGCAGGGGGGAGUAGAAUAGUAGUCCUGAAGUGAUGUAUUUCCUUAAUCUUCUAUGAAUGAACUACAUUGAAUAGACCAAUUGUUGAUAUUGGAGAGAAUUCAUAGUAGCAAAUGAGGGGAGCAAGGCUAGCUUUUUUAAAGAGGUUUGACAUGAAAACAUAUAAAAAAGCUAUUUGUGGGGAAAUGGUUCUUAAUAAGCUCAUUUUCAUAUACUGGUCAAACUGCCAUGGAUCUUGCUGCAGUGUCUCUUAAGGAGCUGGAAAUGUUUAGGAAAAAAUUCUUCAAAGAAAUCUCCUUCAGUGUUGCUGUUUUGUUGAAAUUAUUUGUUAUAAUGUAGUGUUGUACACUGUUUUGCCAAUACCUUUGAAAAUCAAGAUGGUAUAGAAAUAAAAGCUGCACACGUGUUUCCUUUACUUCCACAUAAAUGACAUAUUUGAAUAAAGAACUGUUGCAGAAAACAAAUUUCUGCUUCUUUUUUGUAUAAAGCUUUGUGACUUAAAUUCUUCACUAGCAUUAUUCCACUUGAGGCAAAUAAUCUAAGCAUUUUAAAAAAGCUGUUUCUACUCAGUCAUGUCACAAACUGAACUGAUCCAGACUAUGUGGUGUUGGAAACUAGUAACUAGCAGACUUUUCACAAUGAUAACUGCUAUCGGCGAGUGCAGAUGCAUACUCCUCCCUUUACAAGAUAAAAUGAAAACUUCCAGCUAAUUGGAUAGGAAUAAGCCUGUGUCUGUAUGCACACGGCAUAUUUAUGAAUCAUUAAAGCAAUAAUUUUGCUAAAUUUAUUAGUUUAUUAAUAGCAGUUACCAGUUUAAGGGUAUAUCUAAUGACUGAGUUGUUUCAGUGAAACGUAUGCCUUUAAAACUUUCCAGUUAGGAGCUGGUUUGCUGGUGUUUGAGCACCACCCAGUUGUGGGAUGACAUCAUUAUGCAAAGUAGUACACAGGCUGCCUUUAGCGUCUCUUCAAGGAAGUUUGCACAAGCACCUGGACUUGCACUUUGUGCAGCUAAACUGAAGACUUUAAUCAAUGUUCUGGGAAUGGUAAAACUCAGGCAUGGAUUUCUUUAAAAAAAUGGUGCCUUCCGUCAUGUCAGGAGAUGUUGUUUUGGACGUUGGAAGUACUAUUUGUGAAAGUUCUCCAAAGCUGCUGAAAAUGACGCGUACCAGCCUGCUCUCCUUAGGGCAGACUCUAGAAGGUGACAUUCAUCUUUUGCAUCCUAAUUACACACCAGCACCAGCCAGAAGCGUUACUAAACGCAGAAUUUCUCCCAGCAUCAACUCUACCUGGGAAAAGAGAAGUGUCAUCAUGUCUAAUAUAACCAUUGAUCCAGAUGUCAAACCUGGUGAAUAUGUCAUCAAGAGCCUCUUUGCUGAGUUCGCUAUUCAAGCUGAAAAGAAAAUUGAAGUUGUAAUGGCUGAACCUUUGGAAAAGCUCUUGUCAAGAUCUCUUCAGAGAGGUGAAGAUCUUCAGUUUGACCAGUUGAUAAGCUCUAUGAGCUCAGUAGCAGAGCACUGUCUCCCCUCCUUACUGCGUACCUUGUUUGAUUGGUACAAACGCCAAAAUGGAACUGAAGAUGAAUCUUAUGAGUACAGACCUCGAUCCAGCACAAAAUCCAAGGGGGAUGAGCAGCAGCGUGAGAGGGAUUAUCUACUUGAAAGGAGAGACUUAGCUGUAGAUUUUAUUUUUUGUUUAGUUUUAGUUGAAGUUCUAAAACAGAUACCUGUUCAUCCAGUGCCUGACCCUUUAGUUCAUGAAGUUCUAAAUUUGGCUUUUAAGCACUUUAAACACAAGGAAGGGUAUUCAGGAACCAACACUGGGAAUGUGCAUAUUAUUGCAGAUUUAUACGCAGAAGUAAUAGGGGUUCUUGCGCAAUCAAAGUUUCAAGCUGUCAGAAAGAAGUUUGUCACAGAAUUAAAGGAACUGCGACAAAAGGAACAGAGUCCUCAUGUGGUACAAAGUAUCAUCAGCUUAAUUAUGGGGAUGAAGUUUUUCAGAGUAAAAAUGUAUCCUGUAGAAGAUUUUGAAGCAUCGUUUCAGUUCAUGCAGGAAUGUGCACAGUACUUCUUGGAAGUAAAAGACAAAGACAUAAAGCACUCACUGGCUGGUUUGUUUGUAGAAAUACUCAUUCCUGUUGCUGCUGCUGUUAAAAAUGAAGUGAAUGUGCCAUGUCUGAAAAACUUUGUGGAAAUGCUUUACCAGACUACCUUUGACCUGAGCUCAAGAAAGAAGCAUUCAUUGGCUUUGUAUCCACUGAUCACCUGCUUGUUGUGUGUCAGUCAGAAGCAGUUUUUUUUAAAUAAUUGGCAUAUCUUCCUGCAGAACUGUUUGUCCCAUUUAAAGAUGCCAUCUAACAACAGUAUCAGAAAACAAAUAGAAACUCUCCAGAAUAAAGAUCCCAAAAUGUCUCGAGUUGCACUGGAAUCGCUGUAUAGAUUAUUAUGGGUUUAUGUUAUUAGAAUAAAAUGUGAAAGCAACACUGUGACACAAAGCCGCCUCAUGAGCAUUGUAUCGGCACUUUUCCCAAAAGGCUCUCGCAGUGUGGUCCCUCGAGACACACCUCUGAACAUAUUUGUAAAAAUUAUUCAAUUCAUUGCCCAGGAACGCUUGGAUUUCGCAAUGAAAGAAAUCAUUUUUGAUCUUCUCAGUGUUGGGAAAUCACCUAAAACCUUCACUAUUAAUCCAGAGAGAAUGAAUAUAGGGCUCAGAGUCUUCCUUGUGAUAGCAGACAGUUUACAACAGAAGGAUGGCGAACCGCCUAUGCCCACUACAGGCGUUGUACUCCCCUCAGGAAACACUCUCCGGGUCAAGAAAAUUUUUCUCAAUAAAACUCUGACAGAUGAAGAAGCAAAAGUUAUAGGAAUGUCAAUAUACUAUCCUCAAGUAAGAAAAGCACUGGACAGUAUCCUUAGACAUCUAGACAAAGAAGUUGGAAGGCCAAUGUGCAUGACUAGUAUUCAGAUGUCUAACAAGGAACCAGAAGAUAUGAUCACGGGUGAGAGAAAACCGAAAAUUGAUUUGUUUAGAACUUGUAUUGCUGCUAUCCCAAGGCUAAUUCCAGAUGGCAUGAGCAGAACUGACCUUAUUGAACUGCUUGCAAGGUUGACAAUUCACAUGGAUGAGGAACUGCGUGCCCUGGCUUUCAAUACGUUGCAAGCAUUAAUGCUGGAUUUUCCAGAUUGGAGGGAAGAUGUUCUGUCAGGAUUUGUAUAUUUUAUUGUUCGUGAAGUCACUGAUGUUCAUCCAACACUUCUGGACAAUGCAGUCAAGAUGCUAGUGCAGCUAAUCAAUCAGUGGAAACAAGCAGUCCAAGUGCAAAAUAAGAACCAAGAAGCUCAGCGUGGUGUAGCCAAUGGAACAGCUUCUACCCUUCCCUUGGAAAAGAGUCCUUAUUCAGGUGUAUUCCAUGUGGUAGAAGGAUUUGCAUUGGUCAUUCUCUGUAGCCCAAGAUCUGCCACUAGACGAUUAGCUGUCAGUUGUCUUAAAGAGAUAAGGGCCUUGUUCACAGUCCUAGACAUUUCUAAGGGUGAUGAAGAGUUGGCAAUAGAUGUAAUGGACAGAUUGAGUUCAUCUAUUCUUGAAAGUUUCAUACAUCUCACUGGUGCUGAUCAGACUACGUUACUGUACUGUCCCAGUUCAAUAGAUUUACAAACAUUAGCUGACUGGAGCUCCUCUCCUAUCAGCCAUCAGUUUGAUGUUGUCAGCCCAUCCCAUAUAUGGAUAUUUGCACAUGUAACUCAGGGUCAAGACCCUUGGAUUAUUAGCCUCUCCAGUUUUAUGAAACAGGAAUAUCUUCCAAAGCACUGCCCCACAGCCGUGAGCUAUGCCUGGAUGUUUGCUUAUACCAGGCUCCAACUGUUGUCUCCACAGGUUGACAUAAACAGCCCUAUCAAUGCCAAGAAAGUAAAUACUGCUAUAAGCAGCGACUCCUAUAUUGGGCUCUGGAGAAAUUACCUGAUUCUUUGCUGCAGUGCAGCAACUUCCGCAUCCUCUUCUGCAUCUGCAGGUUCUGUUAGAUGCUCCCCUCCUGAGACGCUGGCGUCUACUCCAGAUAGUGGCUACAGCAUUGAUUCAAAAAUAAUUGGCGCUCCAUCCCCUUCAUCCUUGUUUAAGCACAUUGUUCCAAUGAUGCGCUCUGAAAGCAUGGAAAUUACAGAGUCCCUUGUGCUGGGCCUUGGCAGGACCAGCCCAGGUGCUUUUAGGGAAUUAAUAGAAGAGUUGCAUCCUAUAAUUAAAGAAGCGCUUGAAAGAAGGCCAGAGAACAUGAAACGGCGCAGGCGUCGAGAUAUUUUACGUGUACAGCUUGUACGGAUAUUUGAACUGUUGGCAGAUGCUGGUGUCAUUAGUCACAGUGCAAGUGGUGGCCUUGAUAAUGAAACACAUUCCCUCAACAACACUUUAUUGGAGUAUGUGGAUCUAACAAGGCAACUCCUAGAAGCAGAAAAUGAAAAGGACUCUGACACACUGAAAGAUAUCCGAUGCCAUUUUAGUGCCUUAGUGGCAAAUAUCAUUCAGAAUGUUCCAGUUCACCAGAGGAGAAGUGUCUUUCCACAGCAGAGCCUCCGACACAGCCUCUUUAUGUUGUUCAGUCACUGGGCAGGACCUUUCAGCAUCAUGUUUACUCCUCUGGACAGAUACAGUGAUAGAAACAUGCAAAUAAACAGACAUCAGUACUGUGCAUUAAAGGCUAUGUCUGCUGUACUUUGUUGUGGCCCUGUUGCAGAUAAUGUAGGUCUCUCAUCAGACGGCUAUUUGUAUAAAUGGCUGGAUAAUAUUUUGGAUUCGCAGGAUAAGAAGGUUCAUCAGCUUGGCUGUGAGGCAGUUAUGUUGCUGUUGGAACUCAACCCUGACCAGAGUAACCUCAUGUAUUGGGCUGUAGAUCGCUGUUAUACAGGCUCUAAGCGGGUAGCAGCUGGGUGCUUUAAAGCCAUAGCCAGUGUAUUCCAAAACAGGGAUUACCAAUGUGACACAGUUACUCUUCUCAAUCUUAUAUUAUUUAAAGCAGCUGACUCUUCUAGGGCUAUCUAUGAAGUUGCUAUGCAGCUCUUACAGAUUUUAGAGCCGAAGAUGUUUCGCUAUGCUCAUAAACUUGAGGUUCAAAGAACAGAUGGGAUAUUGAGCCAGCCUUCGCCUUUGCCACAUUUGUACUCUGUGUCCUAUUAUCAACUUUCUGAAGAAUUAGCAAGGACAUACCCAGAAUUAACACUUGCAAUAUUUUCAGAGGUAAGCCAGAGAAUUCAAAUGGCACACCCCUCUGGAAGACAGGUGAUGCUACACUAUCUGCUACCAUGGAUGAAUAAUAUUGAAUUGGUGGAUCUGAAACCUUUGCCCACAAUUCGGCAACAAGAUGAAGAUGAAGAGGAUUCCUUGAAAGAUAGAGAGCUGAUGGUGAACAGCAGGCGCUGGCUAAGAGGCGAAGGUUGGGGAUCACCACAGGCUUCUGCUUUGGUUUUAAACAACCUCAUGUAUAUUACAGCAAAGUAUGGUGAUGAAGUGGCAUGGUCAGAAAUCGAGAACGUCUGGAUUACUCUAGCAGACAGUUGGCCAAAGAACUUGAAAAUAAUUCUGCAUUUUUUGAUCAGCAUUUGUGGAGUGAACAGUGAACCCAGCCUCUUGCCUUACGUGAAGAAAGUCAUUGUUUACCUGGGGAGAGAUAAAACCAUGCAGCUUUUGGAAGAGCUGGUGACUGAGUUGCAGCUUACUGAUCCAGUCAGUUCUGGAGUCACUCAUAUGGAUAACCCACCAUAUUAUCGCAUCACUUCCAGUUACAAAAUCCCUUCUGUCACCUCAGGAACCACUUCCAGUAGCAAUACAAUGGUGGCGCCCACUGAUGGCAAUCCCGACAUUAAGCAUGCAAAAGAUAGCAUUGAUGAAAACUAUGUACAUCUAGAUAUCUACAGUGGACUAAACAGCAAUCUGAACCGCCAACACCACAGGCUAGAAUCACGUUAUAGCAGCAGUUCAGGAGGAUCAUAUGAAGAAGAGAAAAGCGAUUCAAUGCCACUGUACUCAAACUGGCGGCUGAAAGUGAUGGAACACAAUGAAGGAGAGCCUUUACCAUUUCCACCUUCAGGGGGCUGUUGGUCACCACUAGUAGAUUAUUUGCCUGAAACAACCUCCCCAGGCAUGUCUCUUCAUAGGUGUAACAUAGCAGUGAUUUUGUUGACUGACUUGAUAAUUGACCACAGUGUGAAGGUUGACUGGGGAACUUACCUGCACCUCUUGCUUCAUGCAGUUUUUAUAGGACUUGAUCACCACCAUCCUGAAGUAUAUGAACACUGUAAACGCCUCCUAUUGCAUUUAUUGAUAGCGAUGGGCUCUAACAGUAAUGUCCAGUCUGUGGCUUCUGUCCUUCUCAGGAACAGGGAGUUUAAUGAACCCCGGGUGCUCACUGUCAAACAAACAGCACAUUUGGAUUACAUAUUCACAGGUGUUAAUGAUUUUAUACCAGAUCACCAGCCCUCCCCAAUGACAGACUCAGGGCUCAGUUCAAGUUCUACCUCUUCUAGCAUCAGUUUAGGAAAUACCAGUGCUGCCAUUUCUCAUAUGCAUAGCACCAUCCUCAGUGAAGUUGACAUUUCAGGAGAGCAAGAGGAGAAAAUGAAAUCACUUAUGGAGUUUAUUACUUCAAGGAAACGAGGACCACUUUGGAACCAUGAAGAUGUUUCAGCAAAGAAUCCAAGCAUAAAGAGCGCUGAGCAGUUAACUGUAUUCCUAAAGCAUGUUGUUUCUGCAUUUAAACAGUCAAGUUCAGUUGGAUUUCAGUUAGAGCACCAUCUCAGCGAAGUUGCUCUGCAAACUGCACUUUCUUGCUCCUCUCGGCAUUAUGCUGGAAGAUCCUUUCAGAUUUUCAGAGCACUGAAGCAACCUCUUUCUGCAGCCACACUUUCUGACAUUCUAUCUAGGCUUGUAGAAACUGUUGGAGAUGCAGGAGAAGAAGCUCAGGGUUUUGUCAUAGAACUACUUCUUACCUUGGAGUCAGCUGUUGAUACACUAGCGGAUACCAUGAAGCAUUAUGAUCUUCUCGCUGCACUUUCCCACGCUUCAUACUACGAUCCACUAUUGGGAAACAAACAUGCAGCAAACAGGAAAAGCACUGGUCAGAUAAACCUAAGCACAAGUCCCAUUAGCAGUGGCAACUUUUUAGGCUAUUAUAGUAACAUGAGAAGCAACUCUUUGAGACUGAGUUUAAUAGUUGAUCGGAAGAGCGAUCGUCGCAGGAGCAACACACUGGAUAUAAUGGAUGGAAGGAUAAAUCAUUCCAACAGCUUAGCAAGGACUAGAAGCCUUUCCUCCCUGAGAGAGGGAGGAAUGCACGAUGUGCAGCCCAUUACUGAUCCUAUGAACCUGAUGGCUACCAUAUUUUGGAUUGCCGCGUCUUUGCUAGAAUCAGAUUAUGAAUAUGAAUACCUCCUGGCUCUCAGGCUGCUCAACAAACUUCUUGUUCACUUGCCUCUGGAUAAAUCUGAGAGUAGGGAAAAGAUUGAGAAGAUGCAGAGUAAAUUAAAAUGGAAUAACUUUCCAGGCCUUCAGCAGCUGUUCCUGAAAGGUUUUACCUCCGUUUCUACGCAGGAAAUGACUGUUCACUUGCUCAGCAAACUUAUCACAGUCUCCAAACAUACGUUGGUGGAUCCCUCCCAGUUAGCAGGAUUUCCUCUUAACAUCUUGUGUUUAUUGCCUCAUCUAAUCCAACAUUUUGAUAACCCAACUCAGUUCUGUAAAGAAACAGCUGACAGAAUAGCCAAGGUUUGUGCAGAGGAGAAGUCCCCAACUCUUGCUAAUUUGGCUCAUAUGAUGAGUUUAUACAGUACACACAGUUAUUCCAGAGACUGUUCUAACUGGAUUAAUGUAGUGUGUAGAUAUUUGCAUGACUCCUUCUCAGAAACUACUUUUAAUCUUAUAACAUACCUUGCGGAGCUGCUAGAGAAAGGUCUAUCCAGCAUGCAGCAAUCUCUACUGCAAAUCAUUUACAGCCUUUUGAGUCACAUUGACCUGUCUGCAGCACCAGUGAAACAGUUCAAUCUGGAAAUUAUAAAAAUCAUUGGUAAAUAUGUUCAGAGUCCAUACUGGAAGGAAGCACUCAAUAUUUUGAAACUGGUGGUAUCUCGAUCGGCAAGUCUUGUGGUACCUAAUGAUAUUCCAAAGUCUUACGGUGGCGACAUAAGCUCUCCUGAAAUCUCAUUUACAAAAAUAUUUAACAAUGUAUCCAAAGAACUACCAGGGAAAACAUUAGAUUUUCACUUUGACAUUUCAGAGACACCAAUUAUUGGGAACAAGUAUGGCGAUCAGCACAGUGCAGCUGGCAGAAAUGGAAAGCCUAAAGUCAUUGCUGUUACAAGGAGCACUUCUUCAACUUCCUCAGGAUCAAAUUCUAAUGGCUUGGUACCUGUCAGCUGGAAGAGGCCACAGUUGUCCCAGCGGAGAACCAGGGAGAAGCUAAUGAAUGUACUUUCUCUGUGUGGUCCAGAAUCAGGUCUUCCCAAAAAUCCAUCUGUUGUCUUUUCUUCUAAUGAAGACUUGGAAGUUGGGGACCAACAAACUAGUCUUAUUUCAGCAACAGAAGAAGUAAUUCAGGAGGAGGAAGUGGCUGUAGAAGAUAACACCAGUGAACAGCAGUUUGGAGUUUUUAAAGACUUUGACUUUCUAGAUGUUGAACUGGAAGAUGCAGAGGGUGAAAGUAUGGACAACUUCAAUUGGGGAGUCCGCAGGCGUUCCUUGGACAGUAUUGACAAGGGAGACACACCAUCACUCCAAGAAUAUCAGUAUUCUGGUAGUACCCCGAGCUUGAACUUGACCAAUCAGGAAGAUACUGAUGAAUCUUCAGAGGAAGAAGCCCUGACUGCAAGUCAGAUAUUAUCACGAUCACAGAUGGUAAACAGUGACUCAGCUGCUGAUGACACAGCACUAGAUAAUUCAGGGUCGCUGCUACAGUCUCAGGAUUCCACUAGCAGUGUUAGAACGGAAGAAGUGCUUCAAAUCAGAGCUGAGACCCCAAGUUUGGAGGUUUCCCCUCUUGAUAAUGCUAGCAACCAGCUGCCUGAGGAUGGCAGUUCACCAAUAAAGGAUGAACAAGUUAGUACAGCUAGUGAAGAUACUGGAUCAUUUGCGUUGCAAGAGCAGCAAGAGUCCUUGAUCUGUCAAGAACCCCUGGAGCUAGAAACUCCUGAAAUUCCAGAGCACCCCACUGCUGAUAGUUAUACUGAAUCGAUCUGUGAAGAUGAUGUUACCCUUGCCUUGAAAGAGUUAGAUGAAAGAUGUGAAGAAGAAGAAGCUGACUUCUCUGGUUUGUCUAGUCAAGAUGAAGAACAGGAUGGUUUUCCAGAAGUCCAGACAUCUCCACCACCUUCCCCAUUUCUUUCUGCCAUAUUGGCAGCUUUUCAGCCACAGGCAUAUGAUGAUGAAGAGGAAGCUUGGCGCUGCCAUGUUAAUCAGAUGCUCUCAGACACAGAUGGAUCUUCUGCUGUCUAUACAUUUCAUGUGUUCUCUAGGUUGUUUCAGACCAUUCAAAGGAAGUUUGGGGCUAUAACACAUGAAUCCAUCAGUUUUCUUGGGGAAAAUCUACAGCGAAUCGGAACAAAAUUCAAAAGUUCACUGGACGUUAUGAUGAUGUGUUCUGAAUGCCCAACAGUUUUUGUGGAUGCAGAAACGCUGAUGUCCCAUGGCUUAUUGGAAACCUUGAAAUUCAGUGUGCUCGAGCUACAAGAACACCUGGAUACUUACAAUGCUAAGAGAGAGGCAGCAGAGCAGUGGCUGAAAGAUUGCAAAAGGACAUUUGGUACAGAUGAUGGUAUUCAUGGAACCACUACUGAUGCUCAGCAUUUGGAAAUUCUAGCAGAAUUGGAGUUGUGCCGGAGGCUAUAUAAGUUGCAUUUCCAGUUGUUGCUUCUCUUCCAAGCAUAUUGUAAACUUAUCAGCCAAGUGGAUGUAGUUAAAAAAGAGGCAGAGGUAAUAAACAUGUCAGAGGAGCUUGCACAGCUAGAAGCCUUUCUGAAGGAAGCGGAGUCUGCUUCUGACAGUGGUAUUGAAGAAAUGGAAAUUCCAGAAGCUUCCCAAGCCAACACUGAGACUGCCAUUCAUUCUCUCAUUGAAACUUUGAGGAAUAAAGAGUUUAUGUCUGCUAUAGUACAGGUCAAAGCUUUCAGAUGUAUUUGGCCCAAUGACAUAUUUGGCAGUUCUGAAGAUGACCCAGUACAAACAUUGCUGCAGAUAUAUUUCCGUCAUCAGACCCUUGGCCAGACUGGCAGUUUUGCAGUAGUUGGCUCAAAACAAGAUAUGUCAGAAGCCAGCUCAAAACUAAUGGAACUAAAUUUAGAGAUCCGGGAGUCACUGCGCAUGGUGCAGUCUUAUCAGCUUCUGGCAAAACAUACAGCAGUGGGAAGUUUGAGCACUGGGUUUUAAAAACUACUGUCCCACAGAGAAGAACUGAAAUGGUCUCAAUAUUAUCAAGCACCUUUUCAUAUCUGUAGAAACUUGUUUGUGACAGAAACCAUACCUGUGAUGACCAGUGAAGAACUUACUGGGAGCAAGCUAUGUUAUUCAGAAAUGAAGGUUUUUUGAAACCUCAUAGCCAUCACCUAAAUGUUUUCUUAAACAGUAGCUGCGUAUGGACAGUAUGAACACUUUUUGAAAAUAACCAUAUACAAAACUGAAUUAGAAUAAAAGGGCUAAAAACAAUGCCUGCAAAUGCAUUACUGUCUUCAAAAACAGAAUUGUAAGGCUUGUUGCAAUAAUGGCCUCUUGAUAGUGAGACAAUUAAAAGCAGGUAAAUGAGGCUAAAAAUCAAGGCUGGUUAUUUUGGCUGAAGACCUGUGUGAGGCUUCUUCGCUUUCAAGCAGCAAAUAAAUCAUCAGGUGAUGCCAAAUUAAUACACUUGGCAAUGUCAUGAGGAAUGUGCUGUCAUACUGGAGCUGGAAAGACUGCAGACUCCAUUGAUUUAUCAACGUUGUAUUUACUCUACCUUUGUCUAUAAUGGUGAAUUAUGUGUGAAAGUAGGACUGAAUGGAAAUCUGACAAUUGCAUUUUGAAGGUAUGGAUGUUUGAUAUGGUCUGAGCAUGCCUAAAAAAAGCACUGCAAGAUUAUUUUUGGAAGAAAAAAAUAUUUUAUUAGAUUUAACUCCUUAGUCUGUAAAUGUUAUGGCAUUUAAUAAUAUUUUAAACUGGAAUUAUCCAGUUUUCAAAAAAGAAAUAAUAUAUCUAACGUUUGCAAUGCUGCUCAGUUCUCUGAUCAGCGCUUAUUACAAAUAUUGAUGACUAACCAAAAAGUAGCUGCCUGCAGAGACUUUAAACUGUAUAUUAAAAGAUAUAUGUUGCUCCUCAGCAACUCAUUAGUAAAGUUAACUUAUUUUAUUCUGUACAUACUCUAGAAACUGUAUAGUGUAAAAUCCAGUAUUUUUUCUUGUACAAUUGUGCAAUGCACUGUUACAUGAGAAUAGUGUAUAAAGCUGGGGGGGGGAGGAAUAGUGGCUGUUAAUGGAAUACAUGAUCUACAUCUGUGUAUUCUAGAGUUCAAGAAAAGGUGUAAACUUGCUUGUAUCUUUAUAACAACGCUUAGGAAUUUGGGACUGUAGAAGGGAGAGACCACUGACUACCAAAACCUACAAUAUACUUUAGAAUUCCUUGUCGAAAUCUUGUAGCACAAAAUAAAACUGGAUUCUAUUGGAACCAAAACUUUUUUAGAAGCAAAAAAAGUAUGAAUGUCUCGUGAUUCCUGAAGGAACAAAUGCCCUGUAUUUUAUGCAUCUCUCCUACCCACUGUGAUGUUAAAGCAAAAAAAACUGGGCUCUGAAAUGUCAGAGUGUAGAAUGUAGACAUGAAAUAUCUUAGCAUGGCCUUUUUCCACUGGGGAAAUGGAGUAGACAUGUAAUUAUGCUGAAUACAUUAAAUGAAGGCAGUGUGCAUACCAUUGGACUGCUGACACAAGUUCUGUUACUUUUUACCCUGAUAUAAUUUAAUUAUUUUGAAGGCUCUGUGGUACUGUAGAUUAUGUUCCUAAUUAUUUAAUACACUUUUAAAGGGGGGUGUAGUUUUUAGUGGUGUAUUAUACUUUUUACAUCUAUUGGCCUUUUUGUGUUUCUUUUUGCUUUGGGGAGGGUUGGUAAAAUAAAAUCUCAUAUCUGC